AUGGAUUCCGAUGAAAACAUGGAGGCUUCAAACACUAACCACGAGACUCAAAACCACAACAGCUACCCCAACCGCCCGCACAACCACUCCCCGACCCCCGCCUUCCACACCCUCUUCGAAAACCUCUUCAACCCCCUCAGCGCCAUCAAAAGACAACCCACCUCCUCCUCCACCACCACCGCGCAACGGCCCCCAUCCGCCCGCCGCAAACUCGGGCCACACGGCCAAACCGCCUCCGCCAGCCUGAACCCCGCCGAGCGGCGCCGCGACGUGAUCGAGCGCUUCAUCUCCCACUGGCGCCAGACCGUGGGCGACGACAUCUACCCAGCCUUCCGACUGAUCCUGCCGGACAAAGACCGCGACCGGGCGAUGUACGGCCUAAAGGAGAAAGCGAUCGGCAAGAUGCUCGUCAAGAUUUUGAAGAUUGACAAGAACUCCGAGGACGCGGUGGGCCUGCUGAACUGGAAGCUGCCGGGGUACGAGGCGCGCGGGUUUCUGGCGGGCGACUUCGCGCGGCGGUGCUACGACGUCGUCUCCAAGCGGCCGAUGCGCACGGAGGUCGGCAGCAUGUCAAUUGCGGAGGUGAAUGGGCGGCUGGAUCGGUUGUCGGCCGCCGGGCGCGAGGGCGAGCAGAUGGCGAUCUUGGGGGAGUUUUAUCGGCGGAUGAAUCCCGAGGAGUUGAUGUGGUUGAUUCGCAUUAUUCUGCGGCAGAUGAAGGUGGGCGCGUCGGAGCGGACGUUGUUUGAUGUCUGGCAUCCUGAUGCGGAGGGGCUGUAUUCGAUCUCGAGUAGUUUGAGGAGAGUGUGUUGGGAGUUGCAUGAUCCCAAUGUGCGGUUGGAGGAUGAGCACAGGGGCAUUGCGCUGAUGCAGUGCUUCCAGCCGCAGUUGGCCCAGUUUCAGGUGCAGAGUUUGGAGAAGAUGGUUGCGAAGAUGCGCGGGGUUGCGGUGGGGGAUAAGGAUGAGGGGAAUGAGGAGAAGGGCGAGUUUUGGAUCGAGGAGAAGUUGGAUGGCGAGCGCAUGCAGUUGCAUAUGGGCCCGGAUGAGGAGGUGGAUGGCGGCAGGCGGUUCCGGUUCUGGUCACGCAAGGCUAAGGAUUAUACCUAUCUGUAUGGGAAUGGGCUGUUCGACGAGAAUGGCGCGCUGACGAGGCACCUGGCCGGUGCGUUUGCCGACGGGGUCGAGAGCGUGAUUCUGGACGGCGAGAUGAUCGCCUGGAACCCCGAGCAGGAUGCCCCGGAGCCCUUUGGGACCCUCAAGUCGGCGGCCCUCGCCGAGCAGCGGAACCCCUUCGCCAAUGGCUCGCGGCCGCUGUUCCGGAUCUUUGAUAUUCUGUAUCUGAAUGGCCAUGACCUGACGCGGUACACGCUGCGGGACCGCCGGAAUGCGCUGCAGAAGAGCGUCAAAGACGUCCAUCGCCGGUUCGAGGUCCACCCGUACGAAGAGGCCACCAGCACCGCCGAGGUCGAGGCCUCGCUGCGUCGGGUCGUCGCCGAAGCCUCGGAGGGCUUGGUGUUGAAGAACCCGCGCUCCCCGUACCGGUUGAACGAGCGCCAUGACGACUGGAUGAAGGUGAAGCCGGAGUACAUGACCGAGUUCGGGGAGUCGCUGGACCUCGUUGUCAUCGGGGGCUACUACGGCAGCGGUCAUCGCGGCGGCGCCCUCUCCAGCUUCCUGUGCGGACUGCGGGUGGACGACUCGGCGACGUCGUCACAGCACCACGCCGCCGCUGAGCCGUCCAAAUGCUACUCGUUCUGCAAGGUCGGCGGCGGAUUCACGGCGGCGGACUACGCGAACAUCCGCCACCAUACGGACGGCAAGUGGAAGGAGUGGAACCCGAAGAAGCCGCCCCUGGCGUACAUGGAGCUGGCGGGCGCGGGCAACGCGCAGCACGAGCGGCCGGAUAUGUGGAUCAAGCCCGAAGACUCGGUGGUGCUCUGCGUCAAGGCCGCCUCGGUCUCGGUCAGCGAUCAGUUCCGCAUGGGCCUGACGCUGCGCUUCCCGCGGUUCAAGCGGCUGCGCGGCGACAAGGACUGGACGAGCGCGCUGUCGGUGCAGGAGUUCCUGGACCUCAAGUCCAACGUGGAGCAGGAGCAGAAGGAGAAGGCGUUCAACGUGGAGAACUUCCGCAAGAAGCGCCAGAAGAAGUCCACCAAGAAACCCUUGGCGAUUGCUGGGUAUGAUGAGAGGGCGGAGGUCAAGUCGGCCGGUCCGUCGGGGCAUAUCUUUGACGGGCUGAACUUUUUUGUCAUGACCGACUCCACUGCCCCAGUCAAGAAGACCAAGGCGGAACUGGAGCAGCUGGUGAAGAGCCAUGGCGGCAAGUUCUAUCAGACGAAUACGGCGGCUCCGGAUACGAUCUGCGUGGCUGAUAGAAGAACGGUCAAGGCGGCUUCGUUGCAGAAAACGGGCGAGGUGGACAUCAUUCGCCCGUCCUGGAUCCUGGACUGUAUUCGACAGAGUGAGAUCGACGCAGGUCUUGCGGACCUACUUCUUCCUACGGAGCCAAGGCAUAUGUUCUAUACAACACCGGAGAAGGAGGCGGAGGUGGCUGCGAGCGUCGACCGCUUCAACGACAGCUACGCACGGAACACCACGCUGGAGGAGCUGAGCGAGGUAGCUACCCAAUGCAUAUUGAAGAAGAUGGAGACGGAUGUCCCUCCCGGCAACUCCAAAGCCCUCGACAAACUCAAGGGACAUCUCUACGACCAGAUCAACGCUGGAUGGCCACUCCCCUGCGGCUGGCUCUUCGACGGUCUAGUCUUGUACUUCCCCGAGCUGGCACACCCAACCACCACGGAGGAUAGCCGUGACGAUGACCUCGGAGACAUGGGCAACCUCCAAUCCCACCACCACUACCACCCACUCCAGCUGACCAGAAACACGGCGCGGUUCGCCGGGGCUCGAGUGGUCGACACCGCCCAGGACCCGGCCAUCACCCAUGUCAUCCUCCAGCCGACGGGUCUGCCGGCGGCUGAGUACAGGUCCUUACGAGGGCAGUGGGCUGCGGCGGAUAGGAUCCCGCAUUUCGUGACUACGGGGUGGGUGGAGGAGAGCUGGAGGCAGCAGACGCUUCUGGAUGAGGAGAGUGUCUAUGACCCAAACUCGGACCAUCGCAGGAAAGGGGUGUACAAGAAAGACACCGACACUUUGCGAACGAAGAAUGCCACCUUGUUGACGCUGAUUCAAGCUUUGCUCAACUAUGAAGAGGAGGAUGCUUUCGACCUGGUCCGCCAGAUUCGGUCGUGCGACAGCUUGGAGGAUGUUGCGCAAUCCAUUCUCGGGCAACAAAAUAAGCCUUCGCUGGCCUCCGACACACCAGUCGCUAGCGGGGAUGAGGCCGAUCAAUUCGAGUCGGAGCUGUCGGGCAAGAUGAGUGAACUAAUGCUGGACGGCUCUCGAAAGCUCAUUGGCGGCACUUCCAACCUCAUUUACCUACCACCUGGAUCGGAGCUGAAUGAAUUCAAUCCCAAUGCGAACCACCAAGACCUGGGCCGGGGUAUUGACGCCUCGGUGUCACACUGGACCAGAGUCACUGAUGAUGAGAAGCUCAUAAGUCACCUUAUGCAGAUGUACUUUACCUGGCAUUAUCCAUUCUUCACAACUUUGUCUAGGGACCUUUUCUAUCGGGAUUACGUUCGCGGUGUUUCGAGUCAGUAUUGCUCGUCUCUGCUGGUCAAUACGAUGCUAGCGCUGGGCUGCCAUUUCAGCUCUUGGGAAGGGGCUCGUGAAGACCCGGGUAAUUCGGCGACGGCCGGCGAUCAUUUCUUCAAAGAAGCCAAGCGGUUGUUCUUCGAGAACGAUGAACAUGCGAACGCGAAGCUCUGCACCGUCCAGGCAUUGGCGCUGAUGUCUGUACGCGAGGCUGGAUGCGGGCGCGAAAGCAAAGGUUGGGUCUAUAGUGGAAUGAGUUUUCGUAUGGCUUCCGACCUGGGCUUGGACUUCGACUCCACCAGCCUUGGAGUGCGCAAUCUCAGCGAAGAAGAGAUAGAUGCGCGUCGGAUCACUUUCUGGGGAUGUUUUCUCUUUGAUAAAUGCUGGUCCAACUACCUCGGGCGCCAGCCGCAGUGGACCGUUGGGGACAUUGGUGUCUCCAUGCCGGAGAUUUUCCCCAACGAGGACGCUGCAAUGUGGUCGUCCUACACGGAUGCUGGAGGCGCGGAGGACCAGGCCCAGCCUUCGCGGACACGAGCAAUCGCAGUACAGAUAUCUAAGCUCUGUCAGAUCAAUGGUGACUUGCUUGUCUUUUUCUACGAUCUUAAGCCUAAGGACAAGCUUUCCUCUAAACAAACGGAGCUCAAGAAACUCAGUGAGAUUCACACCAGACUUGAAACCUGGAAGAAAGAUUUGCCUAAGGAGCUCGGCCCCCAAGACGGGCAGCUUCCGCAGGCGCUUCUCAUGCACAUGUUCUACCAGCUCCUUCUUAUACACCUCUAUCGCCCGUUCCUGAAGUACACCAAGUCCACUUCUCCACUUCCUCAGCAUGUCUCGCCUCGAAAGCUCUGCACUCAAGCAGCUUCCGCCAUCUCCAAACUUUUGAGGAUGUAUAAACGCACGUACGGAUUCAAGCAGAUCUGCAACGUUGCGGUAUACAUGGCUCACACCGCUCUUACGGUGCAUCUAUUGAAUCUUCCUGAAAAGAAUGCCCAGAGAGAUGUUGUGCAUGGUGUUCGGCACCUAGAGGAAAUGGGCGAAAGCUGGCUUUGCGCACGCCGUACGCUCCGGAUUCUUGAGAUUUCGGCCAACAAAUGGCAUGUCGAAUUACCCGCAGAAGCUGUGACCACUUUUGAAAGUACACAUGUUCGAUGGGGGUCCUGGGGCUCCUGGGAUCAGGCUCUGUCUCCUCCGGCAUCAGAAGAUUCCCCACCAACGAUAUCUAUGUCGUACCCUGAUUCGAAUUCCAGGGGAAUCGGCCAACCCAUGCCGCCACGGCACGCUGUCAUGGCUGGUCACGGCGGCAACUACAUGCACAAAACACCGGCCACCGCGGUCGGAUCAAUGGGUUCUCAAUUAUUACCGGAUCUCCCCGUUCCUGUUUCUGCGUCCGCUAUGCGUGCUGUCCAGCGGUCCUUGAACGCUCAGCUUGCUCAAGAACCCGCCCGGCUCCCUGAGCCGACAUACCUCCGGCCUGUCGCUCAUGCCUAUGCGCCAUACCGCAAUAUUCCCAUAUCUCAGGCUGAUAUGUGGUACAAUGAUGAGAAUAUUCGUGCGUUCAGCUCUGCACAGGAUAAUUCUCCGGCAACCACGACGUCGCCGGCCAACGAAUAUGGUGGUUCGGAAAAUUUGGUGGAAGAAAGCCAGGAUUGGUGGUCUCGCGAGUCACACCGUUUUAACUUUGGAAUGGACAAUUGGGUGCCAGACUGGAAUUCUAGCAUGUCAGGCAGGGCAUCAGCUGCGAAUCCCGAGAGCGCUCCGAACCCGCCACCACCCAUGAGAUUUGCGGUGGGAGCUCCAUCUGGCACCAGUAAUCCGGAUCAGUCUCCCACAACCCCUGGCUAUAAUAGCAUGCCUACGUCGGAAGCAUACCCCAGGCAGUGA